AUGGUUAGACCUUUUACUAGAUUGUGUCAUACGUUUCGUGGUAACAUUCGAAGACAGUAUCCUAUUAAUCAUCAUCAUCAUCAUUAUCUACCAUAUACAAAAUUCUGUACUCAAACUGAAGCUGAUCUUCAAGGUGAAAAAUACAAUCAACUACGAAAAGAAUCAAUAUUUUGGUCGGCUUGCUAUUCAGAUGCUUAUUUAGCUAAAUUCUAUUUAGCUGAUCUUAAUAUGUUUGCUCAUAGAAAAAUGUUAUUUUUCGAUGUUGGUGCCAAUAAAGGAUAUACAAUCGCAAAAGGGUUAUCACUUUGGAUGCCACACCUUGGCAUCAAUGGAAUCAUUUUAGGAGAAUUUUUACGACAAAAAUUAAAAUUGAAAGACUGUGGUAUAUGCAAUGAAUGUAUAGAAGCAGGAUUCAUAAAUUUCAAAAGAGAUGAACGUGUUCAUACAGCUAUUGAAAUACAUGCCUUUGAACCACAACCAAGUACAUAUCAAGUAUUAACUAAAAUGAAACGAUGGAUGAAUUCGUCAUUUCUACACAUACAUAAAGUAGCAUUAAGCAAUCAGAGUGAAAUUCGUGCUCUACGAAAAUGUCCUGCAGAAUUCGAACAAUGUGCAUUACCAACAACAUCUAAUUUGAACGAAAGAAAUACUUAUCAAAAAAUUGAGACCGAAGGUUUCGAUCCAUUGGUUAUUCAAGGUGCAGAAAAUAUUCUUAAUCGACAUCAAGUUAGACUCUUCCUCUUUGAAUAUCAUGGUAUUCAUAUGUGGCGAACAACAACACUCUAUCACGUGAUAAACGAUCUUGGUCACAAAGGUUAUCUCUGCUAUAGAAUAGGUCAAACCGGUAUAUUCCGUUUAACUGGUUGUUGGUCAUCGAGUUUCGAAAUAAAACGUUGGAGUAAUGUUCUAUGUAUAUCAAGGCAUGAACCAAGAUUAAUUUCCUUUGUUGAAGAACUACUUAUUCCAGUGUAG